GCCAUCGUGAGGCGUUCAGGUAUAAGUACUCUCCAUUAUAUCGUUACUAGGCUUGAGAUAACUUGGUCGGUGCUGUCGAACUUCUUACCUCGACAGAACAGAAUGCUGCCCGCCUGUCAGUCACUGGAGGUGGAGCCCAAGGACAGCAAUGGCUGCAAAACCGAGAUCUCGAUCGCACACCGCAAUGAUUCCGAAAAGCCGAACGAACAUGGCUUUCAGAGUGAAGAUACAGGUGCCGGCCGGGUGGAAGCCUAUCACAAGGUGUUUUACCAUACCGGGUUAUCUGGGCGACUUUUUCUCCUCACAAUCAUUACCUCUCUUGGCCUGACUAUGUUCGCGUAUGCGCUUGACCAAGGUAUCACACCACAGUUUAACCUUAUCGCGGCAUCAUCAUUUAGCAGGCAUGCUCAGCUGGGAGUUGUCACGACGGCUGGUACUCUCGUCAGUGGCAUCACCAAGCCUCUCAUCGGCAAGCUGGCCGACCUCACCUCCCGGCCUACUACAUACAUCGUCUCUCUGGUAUUCUAUAUGAUUGGAAUUGCCCUCGCAGCCAGCUGCACGAAUUUUAUAUCAUACGUUGUCGGGAUCGCCUUCACCUCCGUCGGCAAGGCGGGCCUUAACCUACUUGGUCAGAUCGUAGUGGGCGAUCUAACCACUUUGCAAUGGCGUGGUUUCUGGACCAGUUUGACUAUUGCUCCAUAUCUCGUGACCACCUUCGUUAAUGGGUUCAUCUCCGACGCAUUUGUGCCCCAUAAGUGGCGGUGGGGUCUAGGCAUGUUUGCUAUCAUGGUUCCUGGGGUCCUUAUUCCCGCCGUCGUAACACUAUACGCGGUGCAGCAUAGAGCUAGAAGGAUGGGAAUGGCCGGACACUGCUACUCAGGCAGUGGCAAGGGCAGCACGUUACACGAUGCACGGCAUAUGGUUGUCGCAGUCGAUAUUCCCGGACUCGUUCUAUUGGGGCUCUCUUUCUCGCUGAUCCUCCUUCCUUUAUCGUUGGCCGAGUCUGCUGAGAACGGCUGGAAUAAUCCGAGCAUGAUAGCGAUGGAGGUGGCUGGCUUCGUGGUUCUCGCGCUGUUCAUUUAUUAUGAGAUCUAUGUAGCCACCAACCCCAUCAUGCCGAAGCGUAUUAUUCAGAACAAGGUCUUUCUUGCAGGAUUAGGCGCCAACCUUUUCGACCAAAUGACCACUGCACUGGCAAGCAACUAUUUCCCCUCCUACAUAUAUGUCAUUAAAGACUGGAACAAUUACACUUGGACGAUCUUUACCGGGGUCAGUAAUCUCGCUAUUACCGUCUGCAGCCUACUAGCCGGUUACAUUCAAGCACGACAACAUCGCUACCGAAACCAGAUGAUCCUCGGCGCUGUGCUCAAAAUCAUUGGCUACGCUAUUUGUCUCACCAGUGGGAUUCAAAGCACCCGGAACACGGCUGCCCUUGCUCUCUCCCAAAUCCUCCUUGGAGCGAGUGCCCUGACAGCGCUUGGGUCCCGGGUGGGGGCAAUGGCGUCCGUUCCCCACGAAGACAUGGCUUCCCUCAUUGCCGCUUAUUUUCUAUGGACUUAUCUUGGUAGUGCAGCAGGGUAUGCCAUUGCCUCUUCCAUCUGGACGAACAAGAUGCUGGGCUUCAUGCGUAAAGAAUUGCCUCAUGCUUCCGAAAACACUCUGCGUGAAAUUUAUGGAUCUGUUGAGAUCCUUCGCACUAAGUAUGGGCCUGGAGACCCAAUCCGCGAAGGUGGGAUUCGGGCUUAUGCUCGCACGAACGGAAUUAUCUUUAUUGUGUCAGCUGUGAUAUCGGUGUCGUCCCUAGUGUGUUCUUUGCUGAUGCCGAAUUACUAUUUGGGGAAGCAGCAGAAUGUGGUGACGAACACGGGUCUUGAUGGUCAGGUGGUCGAGAAUCCCAUCAUGAGCGAAGAGAAGCCAGCAUUCUGCAGAUCUUGGAGAAAGAAAAUUCGCCAAUGUAUGGGCUAACUUGUUAGACAAUGGAUGGGUGCUUUUUCAUUAAGAGUGCGAAUCCCCGGUCUACUGCGAAUCUCCGGUCUACUGCGAAUGUUGUUAUCCGCUGGGAUCGGGUUCGGAUUCAAAAGCAACCCUUCCGUUUCCUCUACGCUAGUCUGUGGUCUUACUAAUGUACACCAGAAUUCCCUGCUUCCUGAUCAGCAGGCUUUUGCUAUCUGUGUGUAUAACCGUUUUACGCUACCAGGAGUGCCGUAUGUAGCGACUCUCUCGCUAUACCUCUCGGAUUUCCAAUUGGUCGUUGCAGUCUGGGGACCCAUAGCCGGACUUUGGCAAGAUAUUCGGGAGGAGAUGGAAACUGUCAUAGUACUUAAGAUACUGGAAGAAUAUACAAGAGAAAUUCCCAGAGAGCAGUAAACUCUACUAUCGAGUGCCGGGUCGCCCUG